GGACACUCUGUCAGUACCCGGAAUCACACGCACGCGCGCUCACAUUCUUUCACUGUUUCUUUUCGUUUUUUUUUUUUUAUACUCGAUAAAUUUAAAUGAAUAUUAUCACGCUUCAACUAAUCUCUUUUGAGUUGAUCCGAACCCUUUCAAAACUAAAUGACUAACAUUUUCAAUAUUAUUUAUUUCUUUUUUUUUUCCACAUAACUCAAACUCAUAUGUUAUUUAAAGUAUGAGGGUAUCAAACUCUGAACCACUUGACUUAUAAACGUUCAUUCUUUCAAUAUAUCUCUACCUUGUGUGUUUUUUUGGAACUGUUGCUUCCUAUAUAAUCUACAGUCUACACAUGUCACAGUAGUAGUAAUAAGCAUCAAAUAUGAUUGCCUCUCCAGUUUUUAUUUAGUCCAUCAUUUAAGCCGUGGCAUUUGGCUUUUCAUUUGAACUUAUCAUUCCAUUCUCUCUCUCUCUCUCUGUCUUUCAUUCUUGCACUUCUUUUCGGUUUCAACAAGGAACAUGACUGUGUUUCUUGUCUAACUUCAAAUAUUUCAUUUCCAAAUCCCCCGAAUCUUCUCUGUUCAGUUCUUCCUAUGAGUUCAAGCCACUGACAUUCUGUUCUUUUGUUGGUUCCUUACCUUAACAGCUUCUAUUGUCUUCUGUCCAAAUUUUCCUUACAGAAAAUACUGCAAAAUGGAUAUGUGGGAGAAGCCUCACAGGGAAGACAGACAUCACCAACGCAGAAGAACACCAUCAUUUUCUUCCACCCUCCUUGAUGCCAUUUACCAUUCCAUUGAUGAAUCUUCCCAGGAACAACAAAAUCUUGCUCUUCAUCACAGAAAGAAGAACAACCCAAUUGAAGCAGAAGAAGAGAUCGCCGGUCUUCGACGAGCAAUCAUGGUUGAGAAAUGGAUGGAAAGCUAUUCAACUAGUUCUCGGAGAUCGAGGCACGUGAAUUCAGAUUCAAGCUCAUCAAAUGACUCCAGCAUUUUCUCAGAAACAGAGUACUCUGCUACAAAAUCCACCCCAAGAUCAUGCAUUUCUUCUUCCUAUCCUCGUCAUCAAGCAUAUGUUCCUGAGGCAACAACUCCAAAACACGAAGGAAGAUUCACGAGGACAAAAUCAAGGGCUCUGAAAAUGUACGGAGAUUUGAAGAAGGUGAAACAACAGCCCAUUUCACCAGGUAGGAAAAUAGCAAAUUUUCUCAACUCCAUCUUCACUCCAAGGACCUUGAAGAAACGUGAAGGGAUGGAAGAUUGGACUUCAGUGAAGAAAUCAAGAUCGGUGAAAGAACCAUCUCAAACUCUGGCUUCAAGGUCUUGCUUGAACAGAACAAUUCUACAGCCACCUUCUUCAUCAUCAUCAUCAUCAAGAAAUAAAUCAAAAAGGUCUGUCAGAUUUUGCCCAGUGAGUACUGUUAUUGUUGAUGAAGAUUGUCAACCCAUUGGGCAGAAAAGCAUCUACAACGAAAAUGAUUACGAUUACAACGACCCGGAAUUAACACCAUUGCCAAAGAUCAAUAGCCAAUUCCUCAAGAAGAACAUAGAUAGCUUAAGGGCUAGUAAUUAUGAGGAACAGAGGAAAUUACCAAAAAAGAGUUAUGCAUUGCGAGGAUUUUAUGAAGAUGACAGUGAUGAUGAAGAUGGGAAUAGUUGUACCAGUUCGGAUCUGUUUGAGCUCGAGAACAUUGGGAAUGUUGGGAUCAAUGGCUACCAUGGAGGAGGAAUUCAUCAUAGGGAUCAUCAAGAUUUGCCAGUUUAUGGAACUACAAAUGUAAAAGUUAAUCAGGCUAUUGCUAAUAGCUUGUGUUAUGUAGCUUAGUUUUAGCUUAAUUUUUCUCUUUGUUUAUUGGAUCAAAUCGUGUAACAAUACAUUAUGAUGCUCUCAAUUUCUGUUGUGAUUUUAUCCAGGUUUUUUGUAUAUUGGAUUAAAAUUUCUGAGACUAAUAAAUCCAAAG